AUUACAUGAAGUGCCUGAUCUUGAUCCUCCUCCACUACUUGAUUCAGUUUUGUCAUCAGCUAAAAUCACAUCAAAAAUUUCAGAAGUUACUAAUAUGGAAAGCACAUUACAUGCAGAAAAUUCAUACUCUGCUAAAGAUCUAAAUCAGAUUAAAAAAGACUUUGAAUCAGAUUGUUAUAAAUGGAGUAAUGGAGGGAAAAAAGCAUCUAAGAACAGUCUUACACCCCAUCAACUGCCUCUUUUUCAAGUCAAAAUUAAAUCUAAAAAGUUAUCUAAGAAGAAAAAGAGAAAGAUGUAUGAGAGUAUUCCCAUUACUUAUGAGUGUUCUGAAGGGUCAUCAUCAAUAAAUGAUGUUUCGACUUCAAAAGUCCUCUCCACUGAUUCUACUGUUGGUUCUUGUCAGAUAAAGAAUGGUAUAAUUAAAAUUCGCUUGAGCAAACUGCCAGGUAAUAAAAAAGAACUGUCCCAAAUCAGUAGUGAUUUAUCUCAAAAUAAAAAUGACACUAUCAGAUGCGAAACAGUGCCUUUAAGUACACAAUCUGUAGCUAAUAGGUCUGUGUCAAAGAAAUGUAAAAAAAAGACUUAUUCUACCAAGUUUAAACAUUCAUUUAAAAAGGAGAGGAAAAAUGGAAUGUGUUCAGAAUCUGAAAACACUUUAUUUGAUGCAAAUAAAUCUGAUAAUCAUCAACAAAGCAUUCAGGAAACAUGUGCCACAUUGGCACAGACUAUUGUAACAAACAGCAUUUCUGAAUCAGAAAGGUUAGAUCAUGCAUUAGAUGAUACAUCUGCUGAGAAAGUAAGAAAUGAAGUUGUUGCAAAUCAUGGCAUGUCUAAUUUUAAUUCUUUACUAAGAAAAUCAACAUCUGAAAUCGUGAAUACUGAAACACAUUGCCUGGAGAAUAAUGCUGCUAAACAAUCUGCUCAUAUAAAAGAUACUAAAGAAAGUGAUGCCAUAUCUCAGAAGUCUUGUGAUUCUCAAUUGCUGUGCUCUAUCAAUUUAACACUACUUGACAGGAUACCACCAAGCACAUGCUUUUCUAAUAGUCAUAUUCUCAGUCAAAGUACACCUGAAAAUUUCAGCCAAGAAAAUAAAAUGGAAGACAACUUUUCAAAUGAUUGUUGCCUUUAUGACAUUAAAAGCAAUACAAAAGCAGAUGUUGAUGUAUCUUUUUACAAUGAAAAGCAGUCAUCUAUUAAGAAGGAGAUACUCACCCCGCCAUCUUGUGAAUUAAUGGGACUUGAGCUUCACAAUUUGGAAGAUGCAAAUCCCUCACUACCUAACAUUGAGGAAAAACAGAAAGAUGUGGACUGUCCAACUCUAUUGCCUGCUUAUUCCUUUGAAAUUCCUCAUGUUGAUAUUGUGAAUAAAAAUGUGUGUAAUAGUGAAAGUGAAAUUCUGCAUGGCUCUAAAUUUUCCUCAUCAAACAGUGAUCUGAUUUCUCUGCUUCACAGUGAUGUUUCAACAAAAUUCGAAUCAUCCAUGUAUGCUCAUAAUUCUCAUUUCAGUAAAGUGAAGCUGGAAUUACCUGAUGCAAGUCAGCCCAUUCAUGAAAAGUGGAAUGAAUAUAACGAAUUCAAAUGGUGUCAUGAUUUUACUGAUGUGAGUUACAAAAAUGGCAGUACAAUAUUUAAAGAACAAGUAACAUACAAUAUAUCAAACCACAAGCUAUGGCAAGAUACAGAACUAAAAAAGCAGUAUUCAUCGGAAUAUUACCUGAGUGAAGCUAAAAAGCUGAAGCAUCAAGCUGACAAAGAAAUAGAUCGUAUGGUUCAGGCUAUGAAGUACUUAGAAGCUGUGUUAUACUUUAUUUUGACUGGUAAUGCGAUGGAACAUAGUUACAUUGACACAGAUAGGGUGCAUACUAUGUAUAAAGAAACCUUAGCUCUAAUCAGAUUCAUAUCUUCAAAGUUUCAAAAGCUUCAUAAUGCAUCAUGUAGAAAUAUUGAUAACAAAUUAACUGUUUUAAGCUUAAGAUGUCAGUCGCUCCUGUACUUAAAGAUGUAUCAGUUACGAAGAGAUGAAGUGCGAUACCUCCAUCGAAGCAUUAGCACUUUUCUUAAAUCCGAAAAUGGAUCAUUUCCUGGGCAGAUUUCUCCUCCUCAUGUGCAGUUGUUCCGUCAAGGAAUGAAGCAUUCACAAACUUCUCCAUCUCAUCAAACUUCUCCCUGUUCAUUGACUCCCUCUCCUGCUGGAAGUGUGGCUUCUGUAAGUUCACAAAGCAGUGGUUAUAGCAGUAGUGAAUUGGGUUGGAGUUCAUCCUCUGUUCCUGGAAGUUCUAGAACUCAUUUGCAGUUUGAUGUGUAUUCAGAUGUUCUUACAGUUUCACGAACCAAGUACAAAAUGUUACAGCAACAAAGUGCAUAUUUGGCUAAUCUACAUCUUUCUCAUGAUCUAUGGGAACAUGCUGAUUAUCUUAGUUCCAAAGAGCAUUCACGAGAAUUUUUUAUGGAACUAGAUGAAGAAUGCGGUUGCUUAAGCUUGCACAGUCCUUUUUCUGCAUUGGUUCAUUAUGUCCGGAAAGGCUUGUACAAGUUAAAAGAUGGUACAUAAUCGAAUUCAACAUUUCCAGUUUUUUAGUAAGCUUCAUAGAGCUUUUUUCCCAAAAAUAAAUCCUUGUAGUAUCAAAACUUGUGAAUAAGUAUGUUUCAGUGUACAAAAUAUUUUUGUACAUAGUUAUUAAAUUGCACAGUUUCAUUAUACAACUUGUUAACAAUUUACUGAAGGAUUUUAUUUGUAAAAUCAUUAUUAUUUAUUGUUUAUUAUGAACUGAUAUACAUAACUGAAAUACUACAUCAUUCAUCUGCGAUGUGUUUGUUGUAGAAUUGUCACUGUUUUUAUAUUUGUAAGGCAGCUUUUAGUGAGUUAGCAUUUAAUAAUUAAGCUAUUUUUUUUUAACUAGAACAGCACUUUUAACUUUUUUUGUAAUUACCUUUUAUAGAUGUUGUAUUUAUAAUUACAGAACAUACAUUAGUAACUUGAAUGUUUUAAUUUUUAACAAUUGUAUAUAUUCAUGUAUGCAUGUAUAUGGUAUUUUAUUUGUGUGUUAUUUAUAAAUUCAUGUGUUAGUUUGUUUUAUUGUAAAUUAUUCAGGGGAUGGAUACUGCCAUUUGCUAUAUUUGCUUGUUUUAAUUUUUAUGGUUGAUUAGUCAUGCCUAAGCUUAACUGCUAGUCACUGGGCAUUGAAACACACAUUUUAUUAUAUAUUUAUACAUAUUUUUAUAGAAGUAUUUAACUUUUAUUUAUGUUUUGUGUUAAAUCUUUGUCCCAGUCCAAAUCUGAAAUCUGUCAAAGCUAUACAUGAAUGUAUUAUGCAUCCAAAUAUGAUAUGAUCAUUAGCACAUACAUUGAAUUCACUUUUACGUCUUCUGUGCCCCCCCACCCCGUUUUUUGUAUUUACUAUGUCUUGCAAGGAAAAUGUAGUAAUUGAAAUAUAUUUUACAAAUUAAUGCAAAAUCUAUACAACUGUGUAAUUAAAAAUGUAUCAUAGUUGAUUCUUUCAUUAAUAUGUCUUUGCUUAGCUUAUUCAUCAUUUAUUGAUAGAGUAUAAUUUGGCAAUUUGUUGCUUUCAUGUCAUGGAUUAGCUUAAAAUCUUCCAUUUAAACUUCUGAAAAAUUGUUUUAAAUAGGAACUGAAAAAGAAAUUAAUUAUUCUUUUGGAAGCUUCAAAGCUGAAACAAGUGGCCAGUUUUAAGUCAUUAAUUAUUCAUGCACAGAAUCCUUAAAUUUCUCUUUUCUGUGUUAAUUGUACCAAACUUAAACUAUGAAAAGUUCCUGAUAUUCCAUUUGUGUGUUGAUAUGUAUUGCAAAUCAGUAUGAGAAACCUUCAAAAAGUGUAAAUUUUUUUAUGAUAAAAAUAGCAAUUGUUUUCUUUUGCUAUUUCAACCUUGCUAUCAAAAUUUAAUUUUGUAUGUAGUGUAAUUGUGUUGCAAUGAAUAGCAUCAUGGUCAUAAGAUGUCAUUAUAAUUUUUUUUACAUUAAAAGCAUCUUUAGAUACAUAAUUCUAAUUUUCAAGAUGAUUGCACCUCUCAUUUUAUCCAGAAUACUAUGGGCUACUUAAUAAAACCCAUUCUUAAUACUAAUAACCCAUUCUUGUAAUUUAAAAGAAUUAAAGUAUGUAAAUUUGAACUGCAUAAAUUAAGCAAGUAGCUUUUUCAGGAAAUCCGGUAUUCAAUUAACCAACUUUUCUUGAAUUAAUUAUUCUGACAUGUCAUCUAGUGAUACUUUUCUCAGUACUUACUGAUUAUAAGCUCACACCCUUUUCUUUUUUUUUUUAGUCGCUAACCACUGGCAAAUAAUUUUUCACCAAGCUGAGAUUCGAAAGACAACAGUAGUUUAAAAAUAGUGGCUCACUAAAGAUUAAAUAAAAUAUUAAUCAAUUAACAUAAUAAAAAAAUGCAAGAAUCAUCCAUAAUAAAUUUCCAUAAUCUUAUUUUUCUUAUGCUGUUGUUCUCGUGUACGCAGCAGUCUGUUUUAGCAUCAAAAACAUCGGAAAAUUGCCGACAUUUGGCAUCGUUCAACAACUUGACACAGCACAUACUGUUUUUCUCUUUGCAUAUAUGCAGCAAUCUGUUGUUAGCUUCAAAAAAAUAUCAGAGAAUUGCACUAAUUUGGCAUUGCAAAUACUGUAAAUCAUAUACACAGUAAUCUUUGUACACAAUCUGUUUUUACUUAAAAAAUUCAGAGAAUUGCAUAAAUUUUGAUAAACUUGACUGCUUAUGAAAUGCGUCAUGGAAUGGGUGCUUUUGCAGUGUCUACUGUUUGGCAAAACUCAGUAUUUCUGAAGAAACAAUUUUUUUUUUUUUUUCAUUAGGCAGCAAGCUCCACAGUCCCAUUACAUUUCCUUACAAGAAGAAAAAAAAAUGCCUUAAAUGCCACAAAAAUAAACUAAUGACUGUCUUCACUGCAACAAAAACAAACAUUAAUGAUCAUUAUUAAUACAACAAAAGUAAAUAUUUAAUUUCUGCUGAAUUGGCUCUUCUGCAUGCCUCGCUUGCCACAUUUGUAUGCGUUUUGCCGAUAUCAUGGGUUGCCUAGUUUGGUGAUAUAGUGGGUUAGUUUGGUGCAUUGCCUCAUGAGUAUUUUUCAGAGCUAUGCAGAUAAUCGAAAAGUACCUUUUUUAAUUCUAAUUUUGAAUACUAGUUGUUACCAUGUAGAGUUUUAUAUUUAAAAUUCUUUAAGCAGUGAAAGGAAAGGAGCUGAGCUGCAUGUUAUAAAAAGUAAGGUUUUUAAAUCUACAUGAAGAAAUGUUGAGAGUAGUAGAAAACGAUAAUCUACAAAUUUUCAUAUAUGCUUGAUUCUCAUGCAAUAAAUUACCCCUUUGAAAUAUUUCAAAACUGUGCAUAGUCUAGAAAUUUUAAAAGUGUACAUAACUGUAAACAUCAUAAGUAAGUUUCUACCAGAUUUGUAGCACUUUUAAUGUGCCAAAUUUGUUUGUUCUGAACACAAGAAUUUUUCUUUUAUUUUCAAGGAAGGCAGUGCUAGAUUCUGAAAACAGUAAUGUCCAUUUAGCAUAAAAUUUAAUAAAUUUCAAGUAACUACAUGUUUUGAAAAUGCAUAAGAAUCUUAAUAAAUCUAUGUAUCACAAAAGUUUUAUCUUUUGGAUUUUGCAUCUUCAGACUAGGAGGAAAUCCAGAUUCAGAUUUCAAUUAUAAAUUUUAAGUUAUCCAGUAUGUUCUCUUUUCCAUUCAUUUGAUUAGUUAAAAAUUGCAUCUGAGUUUUUACUAAUUGUGUGUGCAAAUUGUUUGUGAUUUUAUUUCCUGUCUGUCUAAAAGUAUAUCAUUUUUAAAAUGGGCGUUUAUUAUAUGAAAGUAUUAUAUUUUAUCUCAUCAAAGGUAACAAUGGGUAAAAACUUCAAUUGUAUUUCAGACUGUAGGUAGCAUUUUUUCCAAUGUAUUUGCAUGUCACAGUCAUGAAGGCCCCUGCUGUUUCAAGGAUCACCCUAAAUCAGUGAAUUGUUUUUAAGCAAUGAACAUGCAAUGAUCAUGUGUCUGAAGAUAUGAUUGCUGUACACUUUGUGAAUCUGCCACUGAUGUAACUAUAAUUAGUUAUUGUGUUCAUGCAUUAAAGUGCAGUUAACUGAUAUUUCUUAGGAUUAGGUAUGAGAAAUAUUUUGCUGAUAAAUGAGAUUAUAAAAAUAAUGCUUAAAAGACUAGUUGCAAUUAGUAUGUUUUCUCAUUACUAAAGAUUUGAUUUCUGUAAACCUUAUGUGAAAGAAGACUAAAAAUUAGUUUUAAAAGAUGAUUAUUUAAUUUUCCUGUGUGCAAAUGCAACAUGCAAAUGUAAACUAUGUGGCUGAAAUUGUAGUUCAUUCAAGAAGUAUGUAAUAUGUUGAAAACCAUUAAAAAGUACAUAAAUUAAUGUCAAAAGUUUGUUAGUUGCUUAUAUGUAGCUAGUUUUCUGUCUCUGAUAAUUCUAUUUGAUUGACUGAAUGCUGUUGAAUUAAAACAUUUGGUGAGACUUAAUGAAUAAUGUAAAAGCUUACUGCAAUUUCUAAAAGACAUAUUUAAACAAAAUAAUUAUAUGUGUCUCUAAUUUCACUUGGAAAUUUCUAUGUAAUUGUAUGCUUAAUUGUGUAUUAAGUUAAAAAACAUAACAUGAAGUUAAAAUUAUUCCAUCUUUGAAAUAGCUUUCUUUCGUACUGUGUAUUUAUAAGUAUUCAUGUUAGAAACUGCAAUAUGUGCUUAUCAUAUAAUUUUCAAAUUGUCAGUUUAAAUCUUACAAGUAUGUUUUGAUACAUAACUCACCUUAAUCUUAUGAGUAUGUAUUGAUACUUAACUUACCUUCUUAAAGUCACCUUAUAAUGAAUUAAUUUAUGUUUUUAUUAUAGCCCAAGCCAAUCAAAUUCUAAUUUCAAUUGUGAACAAACUAUUCUUGGAAAGUAUAGUUAGAAAAAGUCAUAUGUACAGUUGUUACGUAUGCCGUAAUUUUAAAUGGCAGAUAUCUGAAUUUGAAUUUUGUAUAUGAAAUACCUGUUUUUAUGUGGCACUUAUUUUAUUCAAAUUUGGUUGUAAAUACUUUUUAGAACUGUCAGAUAAAUUACUGUUUAUAUCAAUCAAUGUAAUAUACGUCCCGGUGUUUUCAGUAUGUACUGAAAUAUGUUGUUUAAUAAAUCAGUUUUAACUGAUAUAUACCCUUCUACAUGUAAAAUAGUGUGCAGAUAAUUUUUGAAGUCAUGUUUUUCAUCUUUCGGUAUUUAAUUGAAACAUAUCUUGAACUAUUUAUCUUUUACUUUUCUACCUGUAAUACAAAUAAAUGUGAAUUACUUUGA